UCGUUUGAACGGGACGUGUUGACUUGGCUGCCGAGACGCGAAACUCGUAUGAAAAAUACGCGCCAAAGUUUUCUCUGUAAUAUAAGGAAAACAGUUUUCCGGUGAUGUGACAAGAGUUUUCAAGUGAAUUUAAAAGUGACUACAAGCAAAAUAGUGUUGUAAAAACAUCGUUUUAAGUAAAGUGCUCAAGUGUGGAUAAACGAAGAGACGAAGUUGGAUUUAAACACUACAUAAAAAUAUGGUUGUAAGAUGGGCGCAUAAUAUUAGUUUGGAAGUGAAUUAAAUUGUUGAGAAAGUCUCUUCUGUCAACAUGGAUGCCAGCCGGCUGCUUUCACCGUUUAUUUUGCUGCUGAUUUGUGCAGGAUGGACAGUCCGAGCAGAAGAUGAGCAGCAUGACGCGCGGGAAGGCGAUGAUGUCACAAUGCAGUGCCGGUUUUCACUGGAACCGUUCGAGUCACUCACGUACUACUGGGUCCGGAACACGGCGAGCGGACACGACAAUGUGGCCAUUGGGGACAUACCCUUGGAGACCAACUAUCAAAUAUCGUUCGCGCCUACUGAGGGUCGAUAUGACUUGAUGGUAGCUAACGUAUCCUACGAGCGGGACAAUGGAAGAUUCGAGUGUCGAGUGAAGGCAGGUGGAUCCGGGCGAACUUUACACUCCCAGGGGCAUGCCUUGACAGUGCUGACACACCCGCGCGCCCCGCUCCUCACUCCGGGACCACACGCCCAGGCACAGGAGAAUCGAGAACUUAAACUCGCUUGCUCCAGUUCUGGCGGUUCACCGGAACCAUCGAUCAAAUGGUACAGAGAAGGAUCAUUGUAUCCUUUAGAAGCAGAGUUGACUCAUGCCAAAACGAGGGCGGAGCCAUCUAUCUCAACAAUCACACUGAACCCAACACGGGAAGACGACGGAGCUACCUUCCGAUGCGUCGUGUGGAACAGAGCCAUGCCUGAAGGCCAGCAGUUGGACGCUUCUGUGGAUCUUAGCGUUAAUUACUUUCCCCGUGUCGAUGUCGGCCCUGAAAACCCAUUACGAGUUGAAAUCGAUGGAACUGCAACUUUAGAAUGCAAAGUAGAUGCAAAGCCUAAGGUGAAUACUGUAAGAUGGACGAGAAACGGCAAAUAUAUUUCGAAUUCGUUUACUCACGCGAUCCAAGGUGUCACUGUUCAAGAUGCUGGCAAAUAUACAUGUAGCGCUGAUAAUGGAUUAGGUUCACAGGGUGAAAAAGAUAUAUAUUUAGAUGUACUAUUCCCCCCAACCGUUACAGUUGAAUCUAAGACUUAUGAAGCUGAAGAAGAUGGCACUGUCGAAAUUAGAUGCGAUGUAUCUGCAAAUCCAAAACCUACUUCUAUUGAAUGGACUAUGGAAGGAAAACCAGAAUUUCGUCAAAAUGGUAACACUCUAUUAUUGACUAGGGUGAAUGCAGAUAUGGCGGGCACCUAUAUCUGCAAAGCAGUGAAUGAUAUAUCUACUAGUACAGGUAAACGUGUUGAACGAGCCAGUAGUGCCUCUGUUGCAGUAUUAGUUCGACACAAACCUGGUCGCGCACAUAUCAGCCCUGACCGACCUGUGGCACAAGAGGGAUCUGGGGUAACGCUUACAUGUAGCGCAAAACCACCAGGUUGGCCAGCUCCUCAAUAUCGCUGGUUUCUUGAUGUCGGUAAUGUUGAUUCGAAACCAAAUGUGCUUGCAACUGGUAGUAAGUACACAAUUCCCAGUGCUCACCUCGGCAGCGAAGGAGUGUAUCGUUGUCAGGCCACAAAUGAACUAGGACAUAGCGAAAUGGCUUCUGUUACUCUCCAAGUACAUCAACCACCAAGGUUUCAAUCGAAACUUCAACCUCACAUGACUAAGCGGGCAGGUGAGCCUGAUUUUUCUGUGUCGUGUAGUGCACUUGGUAAGCCACGUCCCAUUGUUAAAUGGCUUAAAGAUAAUAACGAAAUUAAACUUGAUACCGAUUUAUACGAGAUAAAGACUGAUAUAACUGAGGGCAGAAAUUCAGUAUAUAAUGUACAGAGUAUGCUUAAAUUUUACGGCAAGACACGACCUAAUACGAAUGACCUACUGCCAGAUGACAGAGGAAUAUAUACAUGCUCAUUUGAGAAUGAAGUUAAGAAAGUUGAAUCUACUGUUCAUCUUCGAAUCGAACACGAACCUAUAGCGAUCCGACCGCAAAGAAAAGUAGCAUAUGACAUAGCGGAAAUGGCUGAAAUAUUCUGCAGAGUGCAAGCGUAUCCGAAACCAGAAUUUCAAUGGUUCUACGGAUCAAACACCUCCCCAUUGCAAAUGUCCUCCGAUGGGCACUACGAUAUAAAUACGACCACUGACAACAAUGAUUCAUAUUUGAGUAUUUUGAAAAUAAAAGGUGUGAAACCUCAAGACUUCGGCGAUUAUUACUGCAAAGUAAAAAAUUCUCUUGGAAGUAUACGACCGCAGACACGGUUGCAGCCGAAAGGUGCUCCGGAAACGCCUCGAGAUCUAGGAAGUGAAAAAAUAGGUCCAUCAUAUGUAACUUUAAAGUGGGAAUCCGGAUUUGAUGGUGGCUUGUCGAGUACAAAAUACUUUGUGAGAUACCGUCGCGUGAUGGUUAGGGGGAUAAACUCAGGUGGUGGUGGCGAGCAUUGCGCUACUGAGCAUACAGAAUACGAUUGGAUGGAAUAUGAUUGUGGUCGCUCCAAUCCUUGUAACGUCACUCGGCUCGAACAACACAAUUCCUUUACUUUCAAGGUGAAAGCAGUUAACACGAAAGGUCAGAGUAAUUAUUCAAACGAAAUUACGGUGACUACGAAAGUGGACAAGAUUGCCGCUCCAGAGCAAGUGACCUACGACCCUAGCACUAGGACAAUAGCAUUCAGCGUGGGCCCCACCUGCCUCGCCUUGAUAGGGGUGGCUGAAGGGCUCAACGGAAUCGGAGGCGCCGCCGGUUGGCAGGUUGUGGACACAGUGCCUCUGCAUCUAUCGGGAGCGGUAGCCAUGGUGCAGGAAGCGCCGUUGGAGAUUCCGAAUAAACAGAGUGCCCGAACUAUGGCAGGACGGCAUACUGGUGACCCGUCGUUGGAUGAUAUGAAUCCCCAUAUCAGGCUGAAGCUUUGUCUUAAAGUGAAUCAAGAGGUUUGCAGCGAGUACACAGAAGCAGACAUUGGUCCAUCGUAUAUUAAAGAAGCAUCCGCUCUCACACCAGCCACGAUGAUAGCAAUCGUAGUCUCAUGUCUGGUGUUCCUCGUAUUCCUAGCGCUACUAUUCAUAUUCUGCCAUUGUAAAUUAAAUGACAAAAACAAAAAGGAAACCAGCAAAGAUUAUGAGAUGGAAUCCAUGAGACCGCCGAUGGUAGCGCCGCAGAAUCAGGCACCCCCACCAUAUUACCAGAGCACUGGUAUGGAGAACAAAGCUCUAGAACAUUCUAUGGAUCUUGCCACAUCUAUAGACGAUUCAAAGAAUGUAUAUGGCAGCUCUGGAUAUGCUUAUCAUAUGCCUCCACAUGUUCAAGGGCAUCCUGUCCAAAAUAUACCAAAUACAGAUUGGGUAAACAUGGCGUACAAUAUGGAAAAUAGUUACACGAACAGCAAUAAUGGUGGGAGUGUCAACUCUCAGGAUUCUCUAUGGCAAAUGAAAUUGGCGGCCAACAAUCCGGGUGGCAUGCCAGGCCACCAAAUUAUUGACAGACAAAGCAACUACGCUUACGACCAAAUCUCUCAGCCUGCUUACGGUACUAUUGAUGACUACCCCGCGUACCCCCCUAUGCCGCACGGUGGGCAGAUGGCUGCUCCUCCUGACUACAACAUGCGAGGUAGUCAGAAUCCCUCACGCCAGGACUUCUGCUCGGAUCCGUAUGCCUCGGUGCACAAGCCCAAAAAACGAAUGGACGUGGAUCCAUGCAUUAGACUUAUGGAUGUCGAUCCAUGCAUUGACCCCUCGUACCACGAAGUGACCGGGCUCCCCGAGGGCUACGGCGGCGGCCCCGGCGGUGGAGAAGACGCCGGCCCCGAGGACAAGCCACCUCACCUCUCCCUCAGUUACGACGACUCACUAGAGUCCGGCUAUUCCACGCCUAACUCGCGCUCUCGCCGCGUCAUACGAGAAAUCAUCGUGUGAAUGUAAAACGUCGUUUUGUCUUCUAUCUUUAAAUAUAGGUCUAAUACUGCAACGUCAGUUGCAUUAUUGAUUGCACGAGGAUCGCGAAAGAAUAUAGAAGAUAGGUGCUAUUAGGCCCUUCGUGGCAUUCCCACCCAAGAGAACUUGAAUGAAUAUUUUCAAUUUACGUUGUUAACCCUCCAUUUCAGCACACUAUAACAGAACUUUAUACAAAUUAUAUAAUAGCAAUUUCAAUAAUGUUUAUGUGGACUUUAUCAAAUACACAAUAGCUAAUGGAAUAUGAUUUAUAUACAUACAUGUAUAAUACAUAUAUAUUUGUAUACAAAUUGUACGCAAUUAAUUAAUUGCAAUCUAUCGAUAAAUAUAGGUCACCAGUGUUACAUGCUUUUUCAUUAUCAAUUGUUUUGCAUCCAGUGAUGCUUUAAUACUUAUUUUUACUAUUGAAGUGUCUAUUUAUAAUUGUUUUCAUCUGGUGCAAUACGAACUGUUUCGUCGAAUUAUACCAGAAUUUAUAAACUUUAUAUUUCAUAACCAAUUUAGCACAAAGAUUACUUAACAUUUUUCUUUAUUAAAUUUUAUAUCAUCUGAAUUAAUGAUAGAAUAAAAACUAAGUAUCAUUCAGAAUUUAGAAUAACAAAUAAAUGGGAUCAAUUUUAAUUAGAAUACUUAAUGUACCUGUACGUGUUAAAGCAUCAUUGCAUGUAAAAUAAAUUAUGGACGUUUAAAUAUGCGAGGGUUACUAACAAUGUGAUUGCGUUAAACUGCCCGAAACAUUGUGAUUAUUAUGUCAAUUGUGAUAGUAGGAGCCGUCGCUGGACACACGAUGUGAAGAGGAGCGUGCAAGGUUAGUGAGUCUAAGUGAUGGACCUAGGAAUUCAACCACCAUAUUUUAUUAUAAGAUUCACAGGAAUAGUACACAAUAAUGUUAUAGACAUCACUAGAAAUAUACAAUACAGAUGUCGUUAUUCUAUUGAAAAUGUGUGCUAUUCAUUGACUGAUCGGUUGAUCAUUGACAAAUUCUAUUGUAUCUAUUCACCCCUUAUGAAUAGGAGAAUGUAAUUAAUGUAAAAUAUAUGUACAUAGUUUACACAUACGCGCCAUUUUAUUGUUAGGAGAUUAAUAGAUAGAUUAGUAAUAGAUUAAGAUUACAUUAUUUUAGAUAAGUUUGCUUGUUUCUAUAAUACGGAAACGGGCAGAAUGUAAGACUUAUAUUAUUACCGCCGGUGCGGUGAGAGCUUUGAUCUUUAAAAAGAGUAAUCUGUAAUAACGUGUACACUGCCUUCAAAGUAUAUAAUACUUCGUAUUAUUAUGUACCUAGUUCUAAUUUAAUAAUCUGACACAUCUUAUUACGGCUUCUAAAAACUCAUUAUAUUGUUAUUUUUCUAUG